AUGCACUCCGCGACGUAUAGCCUCGGCCAGAAAUUCACUGUUCGCUCGCAUAUUCCUCCACCACCCACGCCGGUGUCUUACAAGAGUUGCACCAAUGAAACACCCGAGCGGGAGGAACAAAACCGUCGUGGCGCGCUUCAAACAUGCCUGAACUUUCCUCCGCUGCCAGGUACUGAUGGUUCAUUUGAUGUUGAGCUAGAGAUUGUUGGGCUGCUGCGAGUGAAGGAUAACUGCAACGCGCAAUUACUCGUUGUUCUAGUCUGCAGAGCUACACCAGAAUCUCCUAAACUCCUCCCCGGUAAACGCCUUACCGCUAAAGUGUUUGAUCCUCUCUUUGUCAAGACGGAAAGAGGGGAAGUCAAUCCAAUUCGGCUUACGGACAAGCACUAUACCCACGAAGUUGCCGCAUAUCAGAAACUAUGCAACCUCCAAGGGACUAAAAUCCCGAGCUCUUACGGAUCUUUCACUUGGGAGAUUCCUGUACGGGAGCAGGGACACGUAUCUCGCACAGUCCGCCUUAUUCUGCUGCAGUUUCUACCCGGGAUCUCAAUGGCAGAAGCCAACGCAAAACGAUUCUCGAUACAAACUCAGCAGAAUAUUAUCAAGAAGAUCAUCGGCUUCGAAACUGACAUCUACACACGGGGCAUUGACCUUGCAGACCUGAGUCCCCGCAACGUCAUGAUGAUGGACUCGACGAAUCCGACAACGCUUCGUUUCCUGGAUUUUGGGGACGCCCUCUUCUUUGACAGGGAUAAGGAAAACAUAUCACCCCUGUCGAGGUGGGCUGGCGGCGAUCUGGUAGUACCGUUAGGGUAUGGCUGGAUCAAUGACUGGGAAUGCGAGUAUGAGUCUUGGUUUGAGUCCCAAUUGGCCGUGACAACUACACCGGAGUCGCAAAAGAUUCACCAGCAACAUCAGCAUUUGAGUCCACGGAAAGAGCUACAAGGUACCUCAAAGCGUUCAUACUGUGAAUCAGACUCAAUACCGACACAGUUGCCUCUGAGAUAG